AUGUGUACUUCAACUACUGUAGCACAGUGUAUAGAUUCUGAAGGUAUGAUUCUAAUGUGUACUUGUACUGUAGCACAGUGUAUAGAUUCUGAAGGUAUGAUUGUAAUGUGUACUUGUACUGUAGCACAGUGUAUGGAUUCUGGAGGUAUGAUUGUAAUGUGUAUUUGUACUGUAGCACAGUGUAUAAAUUCUGAAGUUAUGAUUCUAAUGUGUACUUGUACUGUAGCACAGUGUAUAGAUUCUGAAGGGGCUUCAGUAUUGGUCCAUGGAUCUGAGGGAUUUGAUACAACUUUACAGGUUACCUCCCUUGUACAACUUAUAUUGGACCAUGACUGUAGGACCAUUAAUGGAUUUGAAGCCUUAGUAGAACGUGAAUGGUUACAAGGAGGACAUCCAUUUGCUGACCGCUGUUCCAAAUCGGCAUUUGCCAUCACUAAACAGAGAAGUGAAUCUCCUAUUUUUCUUCUCUUUUUAGAUUGUGUCUGGCAGAUAUGGCAACAGUUUCCUUGUUCAUUUGAGUUCAAUGAAGAGUUUCUAGUCCUGCUGUUUGAACACACCUACUCCUCACAAUUUGGUACAUUCCUGUGCAAUAAUGAGAAGGAAAGAAAAGAGUGUAAAUUGUCCUCAAGAACAGUCUCUUUAUGGACAUAUUUAGCAAGACCAGAAGUUUUACAGAAGUAUCUUAAUCCUAUGUAUGAUCCUAAUCCUCGAGUUAUAUGGCCCUCUGUAGCUCCACAAAGUUUGGUGUUAUGGUCUGGGUUAUACCAGAGAUCAAUAAUUGACCAAUCAAAACAGAAGGAGGCUUGGCAGGAAGUCAGUAAAAUUAGAGAGUAUGACAAAGAAUUAAGGUCAAAGGUCACCAAACUAAGGAGACAACUUGCCUCAUUAGAAAGAGAAGCACUAGGAGUUGGACUGAUUCUUCCCUCAGAACUUGGUGUUGAUUGUAUACCAGAAUGAGGUCAAUAUUCAGGACAAACUUUGCUGGACUAAUUUAUGAUAUAUAUAUCUACAGAUUUUAAAUACCAGGAUAGACACUUUCACAUUCCAUCUUGUCUUAUGGAU